UAGACAAUUGGGGGACACCGCCACCAUCUACAGAAGCUCUUCCAGAGGAAACAAUUGUGCCAGAUGCAGACUUUUGGGUAACACCACCAGCACCCCCAUCUACAGAAGAUGACUCAUUUGGGGGCUGGCAUCCAUCUUGCCCAGAUGGAUGGAGUAUGCACAGUCAACAGUGCCUCAUCUUUGUUCCAGAAAACAUGACCUGGGACGAUGCUCAGAAUAACUGUCACUCUCAUGGAGGACAGCUUGCAUCUGUGUAUGAUGACUUUCAAGCUUAUGAGAUUCAAGCGGAGCUGAAGCGUGCUGGACAUGAUCAUGGAGAAUUUUGGGUUGGAGGCCAUAAUAGUCCAGGGAAUCCUUCUUGGUCCUGGAGUGAUUAUUUGGGAAUGUCUGCUUUUGCUGACUUUUGUAAUGGAGACACAGUCGAAGAUGAGCACCACUGUUUGCAAAUAACUUUUACUGAGGAAAAGAGUGGAUGCUUAGAGAGCAUGGACUGUGAAACUGAGCUCCCGUCUAUCUGUGGAAACAUUAUUAUGUAA